AUGAGAAGGCUUCCCAACAACGCAGGGUUCGUAGGAAUUCGGGUCCGGCUUAGCGCCCUCGCUGGUGCAAACGGUGGGGGAGAGCACGAGGCCAGAUCAACAACGUACGUUGCUUCUAAGAACUUAGCUGAAAUCUGCAAACAACUUGGGGAGCCCGUUGCAACCUCUCUAGAAUAUCUACCCCUCAACAAAGUCAUCACUAAGACGCAAAAGCAUGAGAAUGACGCUAUCUCAUUCAUGCUACUGUUCGGCGACGUCCGUAAGCAGCCGAAUGGUGAAGCUCAGGAAGUCUGGGUCUUGCUUUACCCGCCUACUAAGGAGGGCGAGCCAGCUACCCUCGAAUUCAGCUCGUACGAUAGCGCUACUGGAGACUCGGAACAGCAUAGCAACCACAAUAUUAGUUCGAGAGCAGAGAAUGCAGCUGCAUUCAAGAUGCCUAAGAGGCCUUCGCGCGGCAAGCAUGGCGCACUGGUGCGAUACUACUUCUUGAAGAAACUCGCAGCUAUUGAAGCCGAAAGCAAUGGCAUGUCCGAACUCAAGUUUCCUCUGCCAGUCAACAAAGGCAUUCUUGAGGGCUUGAAGGCGGCAUGCGGUGAAUUCGAGGACGAAGCAAGAGCCAAGCUGGCCAGGUCCGUUAGGCAACUCUCAGUCACUCUCCCAGAAAGCCAAGAAAGCGAUGCAACCCUCGACUUCGAGGACGCCAAAGAACCCGUCAAGGAACAGAUUCGGCGUGCAUGGGCUCCGCAAACUUCUCACAACGACAUCGAACAAUCCCUCGCCUCGCUCAAAGACAAAGAAAUAAACAUCAAGACACAUAUUGCAAAACUCGACGACCACCUCAUGGCCCUAACAGAAGAACGCCUAGACCUUGAGCAGCGCUGCAAAAACGUUGAAGCCGAGCGUCUUGCUGCUGAAAAGGAAGCAGUUAUUAUCAAGGCGCAGCGGGAUAAUCUAUUCAAGGGUCUGAGUCCUGAGGCUGUGUUCGAGCUGGGUAGGAACAGCGAGCGGAAGAAUUCUACAAAGCGACGUAAGCUUGAUUAA